CUUGUUCCACGCAUCGCAUUAUUAAAGCUGCUGUUUUUAUGUUGUUGAGUUAGUGAUAGAGUGUUUUUUCUUUUUGGCUGUGUAGUCAUGGGUAGGAGGAAGCAAAUUCGGCCACGUAGAACUGGGAGAACGGUAGAAGGGCUGACAUCUGAAUCAGAAUUCAACAAAGAUGGCGUUGCACAUCACGGAAAAGAUGGAUUGGUCGCAGUUGAAGAACCGUUUUUUGUCGAAAUUGAUAAGUCUAGUUGGGUUUGUGAGGAGCAUUAUGAUAUCUCUGAAAUUGUUCUGAGGAAUUUGACGGUGAGUGAGGAGUUUUGCGGCUACAACUUGUCUGAGGAGUUUUACAGUGAUUCUAGUUGCUUCUUGAGGUUCAAAUUGAGCAAUGUGAAUGAGCAUCUCGUUCGUAUGAAAUUAGGUAAUUGGCCGGUUUUGCCGGAGAGUGAUAUAUGCCUGCAGUUCGUUAUGAAAUGCUCGGUUGAGGAAGCGGAGAGGGAUGUGGUAAUGGUGUCUGGAACUGUUGAUGGGAGUGAUGAAGGAGUUACUGGGCUUGUGCAUUUGGCUAGUUUGAGAUACUUGACUGUUAGGCCCAUUUCAGGAAUCAAGUUUUUGAAGGGCAUGUCAUCUGUAUCUAUCCGGGUUGAGAUUCUAGGGAGUGUGUUUGAUGAGUGUGAAUCCCUCCUUGAUAAUACAAGGCAGCUUUGGAAGAAAAGUAUGAUGAAUGUUAUGGCGUGGCUGCGACCAGAAGUUAUGACUUCGGAAGCUAGAUAUGGAUAUAAUGGUUUUACAAAUGUGGAAGUUGAUGAACUUCUUGUUGCUGAUGAUGAUCCUUAUGCAUCAAGACAACAAAUGAAGUUUGAAGUCUCCAGCUUUUAUGAAGCUAUUAAGCCAUCAAAGGACUUACCAAUGCUGGAGGAUCACCUUCCAGACUUGCUUCCUGAACUACGACCAUACCAGCGUCGUGCAGCUUAUUGGAUGGUCAAGAGAGAAAAAGGUGAUUUUGAGCAUUUGGGUGGCAACGAAAGAAGUCAGAUUAUUACUCCUCUAUGUAUGCCUGUAAAUUUGAUCGACACAUCUAGAAGAAUUUAUUACAAUCCUUUUAGUGGAAACAUUUCAUUACACGCUACCUGCUCGGCAUCAUAUGUUUCUGGUGGGAUUCUCGCUGAUGAGAUGGGCCUUGGGAAAACUAUUGAGGUGCUCUCUUGUAUUUUCGCUCACCGGAUGCCAUCAUCUGAAGCUGCUCCUAGUUCUGAUAAUCAAAUGCAAGUUGAAAGAUCUCAAAAUUGUAACUUGAAAAGACUUAAAAGGGAGCGGGUCGAGUGCUUAUGCGGUGCUGUUACCGAGAGCUACAAGUAUAAAGGCAUGUGGGUGCAGUGUGACCUUUGUGAUGCCUGGCAACAUGCAGAUUGUGUAGGGUAUUCAGUUAAAAGAAAAAAUUCAAAAUCUCCGGGAGCUGAUGGAGGAGCGGAAUGUGAGGAGGUCUCAAUUGGAAACUCAAGGAAGAGUAGGAAAAGAAAGAAGGAAGCUGAAGUAGUUGAGAUGGAUGAAGAGCACAUAUGUCAGACAUGCUCUUCCCUGAUGCAGGCCAUAGAAUCUCCAAUUGCUGCAGGUGCAACUCUUAUCGUUUGUCCAACUCCAAUAUUGCUCCAGUGGCAUGCUGAAAUUCUUCGACAUACAAAUCCUGGAUCUUUGAGAAUAUGCAUCUAUGGAGGAGUUAAGCAGACUUCUUUCUCCAAUGAACCUGUUAUUGGUAUAGGUGAACUUCUUAGCGCUGACAUUGUCUUGACAACUUAUGAUGUUCUAAAAGAGGAUUUGCCGCAUGAUUCUGAGAGACAUGAAGGGGACCGACGCUUUAUGAGAUACAAGAAGAGGUACCAGUUAGUUCCAACUCUUCUAACCAGAGUUUUAUGGUGGAGAAUAUGUUUGGAUGAAGCUCAAAUGGUGGAGGGCAAUGCUGCUGCAGCAACAGAGCUGGCAUUGCGUCUACAUGCAAAACAUCGUUGGUGUAUAACAGGGACUCCCAUACAACGGAAACUUGACGAUCUAUAUGGGCUUUUGAGAUUCCUUGGAUCAAGUCCUUUUGAUGUUCUCCGAUGGUGGACUGAUGUUAUUUCUAAUCCAUAUGAGAUGGGAGAUGCUGGAGCUAUAGCUUUCACCCACAGCUUCUUCAAACAACUCAUGUGGAGGUCCUCGAAAGUGCAUGUUUGGGAUGAAUUACAACUUCCUCCUCAGGAGGAAUGUGUCUCUUGGCUCUCUUUCUCACCAAUUGAAGAGCAUUUCUACCAGAGGCAACAUGAAACUUGUGUGGAUGAUGCCCGUGAAGUUGUUGAAAGCUUCAAGGAUGAUGUUGGAAAGAAAACAAAUUCCAUGUCAUCUGAUGCUUCAGUUGAACGUUAUAUCACCAAUGUGGAAGCUUCCAAGCUGUUUAACUCACUCCUAAAGCUUCGUCAAGCUUGCUGUCAUCCUCAAGUCGGAAGUUCAGGUCUACGCUCUUUGCAGAAGUCUCCCAUGACCAUGGAAGAGAUACUGUCGGUUCUUAUUGGAAAGACAAAGGUAGAAGGUGAGGAAGCCCUCAGGAAACUAGUUGUUGCAUUGAAUGGACUUGCCGGCAUAUCGAUGAUCAAGAAAGAUUUUCCUCAAGCUGUAUUAUUGUAUAAAGAGGCGCUGGAUUUAGUUAAAGAGCACUGUGACGAUUUCCGCUUGGAUCCUCUGUUGAAUAUUCACAUUCAUUAUAACCUUGCUGAAGCAUUACCGCUCACUGAUAAUAGCUCACAGGAGAAGUCUGUUUCACAAAACUGUGAGAAAGUACUAAAACCUGGUGUUGAAGAGAAAGAUAAGGAUAUUACUGAAAUGGAAGAAACGAGUAGAUGUAAUCCCAGUUUGGGAGUAGUAUCUGAUGAUUUACUUAAUGUUCCAUCAAGCUUAUUGAGAAAUGGUGAAACAAAUCCUGAAAUUCAGCCUCAUGUAUCACUACAUAUCCAACGGUUGAGAAUAGCGUGCGAGGAUCUAAAACAUAAAUUCUUGUCAUUAUUUACUUCGAAGUUAACGCUAGCUCAACAAGAGUUCAAGCGGUCAUAUGAACAGGUCUGUGAAGCUUUUACAAAAAGGAAACAUCAGCAUGCCACCUGGUGGCUAGAUGCCUUGCAUCACAUUGAACAAAAUAAGGAUUUAUCUAGUAUGCUGAUCCAGAAAAUAGGAGAAGCGCUUUCUGGGAAUUUGAACAAGAAAUCAAGGAUUCCAGCCUGCUUCCACAGCAUAACAACUCUAAAAUAUUACAUCCAAACUGGUUUGGAUGCAUUGGAAGAGUCAAGAAAGACUUUACUUGAUAGACUCUUGGAAAUUGACCAAACAAUGGAAAAUCCAAGAGAAGAGGACAUUGCACGGGUGAGAUACUGUAAGAAGUGCAAUUCUAACUUUGAUGGUCCUGCAUGCACACAUUGCGAGUUGGAUGAAAUAUUUCAGGUUUAUGAAGCUAGGCUUUUCCGCCUUAACAAAAGUAAUAACGGGGAGGUGAUUACAUCUGUAGAAGAGGCAGUGAAUAUGCAAAAAAAGCAAUCUGCUCUAAAUCAGUUCUACUGGAACUUGUCACGAGAAGACAGGAGUUCUGAUUACCAAGAUAAUGGAAAGAAAAGGGAAAUGAUGGAGAAAGUGACGGUCUCUAAGUCACCUUCCGAUACGGAGAUUGCACUGACAAUAAUUAGAAACAACUCCAGGGGAUUCUUAGAAAGAGACAACAUUUCAGCAGCCAGAAAGCAGCUUGAUCUUCUUGAAUUACUACGCAAAGAGUAUGCCCUAGCAAGGUCUUUGGCUGUCUCUCAGGCACAUGUUUUGCGUGCUCAUGAUGAAAUAAAGAUGGCUACCUCAAGGUUGCGCCUUAGAGAAAAUGAGGAUGAUAAAUCUAUUGAGGCUUUAACUCUAGAAGAGCUGGAUACAGCAAGUGUUGAAAAUUCUGGUGAAAAAUUUCUAGCUAUGGAUUCAUUGUCGCGUAUAAAAGGACAGCUUAGGUAUUUAAAGGGUUUGGUACAAUCUACGCAGAGCAUCAAACCAGAAUGCUUUAAUGCUUCAACUGUAGCUGAAGUCAUAAUACCUUCAGAAAAUGGAUUCACUAGAGAGUCGUGCCCAGUUUGUCAAGAGCAGCUUGGUAGUCAGAAAAUGGUUUUUCAAUGUGGUCAUGUCACUUGUUGUAAAUGUUUAUUUGUGAUGACGGAGAGAAGGCUGAUUUCACCUGGAAAAUUUCAUCAUGGUGAUAGGGUAAUAUGCCCAACAUGCCGGCGUGCCACUGAUUUUGGAAAUAUUGCAUUUGCUGAUGAUAGACAGGAUGUAAAACGUCAAACUUAUGACAAAGCUGAAGCUUCUAUGACUGUCCAAGGUUCAUACAGUACAAAGAUUGAAGCAGUGACAAGGAGAAUUUUAUGGAUCAGCUCUACUGAUCCCUGGGCAAAGUUCCUUGUUUUUUCCAGUUGGAAUGACGUCCUUGAUGUGUUACAGCAUGCCUUUGCUGCCAACAACAUAAGCUUUGUCAGGAUGAAAGGAGGAAGGAAAUCACAAAUUGCUGUCAGAAACUUCACGGGACAGAAGAGCAAAGCUAUAGAAAGCAAUAAGGAGGCUGGAGAUAAUACAGAUACCAAAUCCCCCAAAGUGCUACUGCUCUUAAUCCAACAUGGAGCGAACGGGCUGAAUCUUUUGGAAGCUCAGCAUGUAAUUCUGGUAGAGCCGCUGCUGAAUCCAGCAGCUGAAGCACAAGCAGUUGGUAGAGUACACCGGAUCGGACAGGAGCAUAAAACACUCGUGCAUCGUUUUAUCGUUAAAGACACUGUCGAGGAAAGCAUAUAUAAAUUAAAUAAGAGCAGGAAUACGAGUUCGUUUAUCAGUGGGAAUCGAAGGAACCAAGAUCAGCCUUGUUUGACACUCAAGGACGUGGAGUCCCUGUUCAGAGUAGCACCCGCUGCUAAAAAAGAAGAUCGGACGCCGUCUGGAAGCUUGAGUGAUCUUCCAGCUUCAGUUGCUGCUGCCAUUGCUGCCGAAAGAAGAUUAAUGGAGGCAGAAAGAUAGCAGCUGUGAUUUAUACAGGUAUUCAAUCCCAAUUGUUCAGAUCACCUGUGUAGAUAACAAAGAUAUGAUGCCAGACAGUGCUAAGUUUAGUGUGUAAAUAUGGUAGACAUAUAUGGAUUUUUAACAUAUUGUAGGAAAGGUCAUAUUAAUGUUAGAAUAGACUUAGUCGUAACUGUAGAUUUGUACAAAUACAUGAUAACAUACUUUAGCUAUAUAGCGCCCGUUUUAAUAUAAAUGUAAAACGUUAAUGAUUAUUCAAGAUUUCGUCAUGAAAAAUAUUUCUUGGAA